AUGGAUCUGAAGGUGUCUUAUUUAGGGAGGCUUGAUGAUUCCUCCAUUCCUGAUAGGACUCGACAGUUUUCCAGCAGAGUUCAAAGUUCACAAGCGUACUCACAUCAUUUGGGCAUGCUUGAUGACAGUUCCAUACCCUACGGUAGUAUACCGUCAUCACCAGUUACUGCUAGCGAUAUCGCUUUCAGUUUGGUUCCAACUGCUGCCACCUCCACUAUUGAGGAAUCAGAUUUGUCGUGCCUCGUUUCAGACAGAACUUGCUUUUAUAAAAAACUUCAACGUUUGUCUAUGUCAGGUAUAAAUAUACCUGCUCCAGCGGUAUUACAGGAUCGUACUAAACCAAGUGAUCAUAAGUAUAACCAAAAAGAGGUCUACUUGAUGACGUUGAAAAAUGAAAAACAUAGAAAAGGUGAUUUGCUUUGGUUGGCGUUUCGGGCUGCCCUUGCUGGAAGCAGUAUUGAAUUCUUGACUUUGGUUAUGCAUGUAAUCUACGAGUCUGUCGUGUGGGAUCUCGAGUAUUUUCAUAGUAUACUUGCGCGUGCUCAAAAUACCAUGUUUCGUUUGUAUGAUGGACUAGAAUUAGUUGUCAAGUAUGAGGCUAGAAGAUUAGUCCAAACUCAGAAACUGUGUCUUACUGUUUUUACGAAGCAAUCGCUACUGGACUUUUUUCGUAGCCGUAGUCGACCUGAAGGUACCAUUCUGAACUUUGAUUCACUUGGAUGA